UGACCCCUGCCCUCCCUCUCUGGCCGCCGCUCCGCUGGACGAGACGCAGAAUGGCUCCUCGAAAGGGAAAGGAAAAGAAGGAAGAGCAGGUGAUCAGCUUGGGACCACAGGUGGCUGAGGGGGAGAAUGUUUUCGGAGUUUGCCACAUCUUCGCUUCCUUCAACGAUACCUUUGUCCAUGUAACGGACCUGUCUGGCAAGACCAAAACAGCUGGACCUGGAGCACAGUCGGCCAUGAGAGCCCUGGCUCGAUCUGGGAUGAAAAUUGGGCGGAUCAGUAAGUUGAAUGGCUUCUCGAAAGGGAAAGGAGAAGAAGGAAGAGCAGGUGAUCAGCUUGGGACCACAGGUGGCUGAGGAGGAGAAUGUUUUCGGAGUUUGCCACAUCUUCGCUUCCUUCAACUGGACCAAAACAGCUGGACCCGGAGCACAGACGGCCAUGAGAGCCCUGGCUCGAUCUGGGAUGAAAAUUGGGCGGAUCAGUAAGUUG